AUGCUUGUUUAUAUAUCCCGUGAAAAGCGUCCUGGCUAUGAUCACAAGAAGGUCGGGGCAAUGAAUGCCUUACUUCGAGCCUCGGCCAUCAUAUCCAAUGGAUCUUUCAUUCCUAACCUUGGUUGUGACCACUACAUUUAUAAUUCCCAAGCCAUAAAAGAAGGAAUGUGUUUCAUGAUGGAUAAUGGAGGUGACAAAAUUUGUUUUGUCCAGUUUCCUCAGAGAUUUGAAGGAAUUGACCCGUUCGAUCGCUAUGCUAAUCAAAACAUAGUUUUCUUUGACAUUAACAUGAUAACACUUGAUGGUCUUCAGGGUCCAGUUUAUGUUGGCACGGGAUGCCUCUUUCGCAGGAUUGCUUUCUAUGGUUUUGAUCCUCCCAUUGUUGCAUUUCCAAGCCAACAGCUGGAUGAUCUUCGAGAUGUCAAGGACAGACAAGCACAUGGUUAUAUGAGAAACAUGUCUAAACAACCUGUUGAUGCAACUAUAAUUGCAGAGGCAAUAGAUGCAAUCACAUGCUGUGAAUGCAACGAUGCCUUUCGCGGGACAGCAUCGAUUAAUCUUACUGAUAGACUACACCAAGUUCUAAGGUGGGCUACUGGUUCUGUUGAAAUAUUCUUCUCUCGCAACAAUGCUCUUCUAGCUGGCAUCAAACUACAGGACUGGUGGCGAAACGAGCAGUUUUGGUUGAUUGGCGAUACAAGCUCCCACAUAGUUGCUGUGCUUCAAGGCCUACUAAAGGUCAUUGCUGGAAUUGAGAUCUCUUUUACUUUAACAUCAAAAUCAUCCAGUGAGGAUGAAAAUGCUGAUUUUGUCGAUCUCUACACUAUCAAAUGGUUGUUCCUGAUGGUACCACCAGUCACAAUUAUCAUCCUCAACUUGAUUAGCAUAGCUUUUGGGGUUUGUAGGACUAUAUAUGGUGUCAAUCCACAAUGGGGUCAAUUGUUAGGAGGCGUGUUCUUCAGUUUUUGGGUCUUAGCUCACCUCUAUCCUUUUGCUAAAGGACUUAUGGGAAGACAUGAGAGGACACCAACAGUCGUAUAUGUUUGGUCAGGACUUAUUGCUGUAUCUAUCUGCCUCCUUUGGGUGGUAACCAACCGUAAUAGCAAUACGUAG